UGUCAUUUAUAAAUCCCUUUCCGGUUUUAAGUCUACUACCGAAAACACGUUUCUGUGCUUGUUCUCCCGCAAACUUGGAGCUAAGGUCAAAUUUUGGCAACUUGCACUAUUUCAUAUUUGAAUCUUACAAAUAACAAACCAUUAUACAUUCGCAAUGGCUUCGAAAGCUGAAUUAGCCUGUGUUUAUUCCGCACUCAUCCUCGUCGAUGAUGAUGUUGCCGUCACCGGUGAAAAGAUCUCGACCAUCUUGAAAGCCGCCAACGUUGAUGUUGAACCAUACUGGCCUGGUUUAUUCGCCAAAGCAUUGGAAGGCGUCAAUGUUAAGGACUUGAUCACAAACAUCGGUUCCGGUGUUGGUGCUGCACCUGCAGCUGGCGCUGCUCCAGCAGCCGCAGCUGCUGCUGCCCCAGCAGCUGAAAAGAAGGAAGAAAAGAAAGAGGAAUCCGACGAGGGAUCUGACGAUGAUAUGGGUUUCGGUCUUUUCGAAUAAACUCCAUCAACAUUCGACACUUUUUGUAUUUUUGGGUACAGUUUUAAUGUACGAAUAAAAAGUAUUUGAAAUUGUAAGACAAAA